GAGAGGUGGAGAUGUGCAGGGCAGCAUUGCCACAUACCUGCCUGGCCAGGAGCUGGGGGCAAAGUCCCCAGUGGAAACUUGUUCCCCACUGGAAACUUGUCUGGGCUUAACCCCAUGGGCUCGGUGGGGAGGGCUGGAUCCCUGGGCCCGCUCUGGGGUGCUGCUGCUGGCUGAAAGCCCCCAGGACAAGGCUCUCCCCAGCCUUGCUUCUUGCGUUAGGCUCUGUUGGUCACCGUGGGUGUGCCAUGUGCCCUGCCAGGGGACGAGGAUGGUGCUGACCCCUCUGGCUGCUGCCACAGGGGCUUGGGGGACAGGGACUCCCCUGUCACCCCCGAGUGAGCAAGACAGUCUGCAUGGGGUAGAUCCUGCUGACUGGGUGAGUCUGCAUUGGUGCUGGCCAUCAGCAAACAGAGCUGGUCUCUCUCCAUCCCUGCUGGCCACUGAGUGUGUCUGGAGGUUGCCAUCCUCCCUGGCAGGGGGGUGGCCCUGCAUCCACUGUCCCCAAGCCGUGCUGGCAGGGAGGUGGCACUGAGCCCAGCCCGCAGAGACCCUGUGCUGCUGGGAUCACCCACCACUGUUAAUUCUCUGCCCUUCCCCUCCCUGCAGGCACUCGGGAGCAGGCAGCUGACCCCAGCCAGGACCAGCCAGCGAGCAGCCCGGCCCCGCAGCGCCCCGAGGACACCCUGCCCGAGGAGCAGCACAACGGGCCACACGUGCCAGGAGGGGGGCUGGCUCCUGCCGCCGAGGUGCUGGAGGGGGGCCAGGUGCCCAGUGACUCUGAGGGGGACGUGUACUGUGACACCCUGGAGCAGAUGGAGCCCGAGCAGGCUGGGCGGCCGCUGGGUCUCUCCCCGGACGGGGGCCGGGCCGGGCAUGAGCCCCCCAGGCCCCGCGGCACCGGGCAGGGGGAGCUGGGCGAAGGCAGAAGAGGAGAGGGGAGGAGCGGCGCGGGCCUGGCAGCCCCUGGCUCUGAGAGAGAUCUCCAGCUCCCCGAGGGAGAGCAGGAUGCCAGGAGUGCCCCCCAGCUUGCCCAGGGGCUGCUGGACCAGCUGGACGCCCACGUGGCCGGCACCGUGCGGGCCCUGCAGGAUGACAUGCGGCGAGUGCAGGAGCGCCUGAGCCAGCUGGAGACGCUCGCUGCUGCCCAGGUACGGGCCGGGCCGGGAGCCACCAGGUGCCGGUGCCGCCUGGCCCGGCCACUGUGCCCGUGCUGGUGUAGGCCAGGCCAGCAGGGCUCAGCAUGGGGUGGCCCGGGGGAGGGGACACCUCAGGGUUUGGGGACACAUCCCGGCACUCGGGAGCAGGCAGCUGACCCCAGCCAGGACCAGCCAGCGAGCAGCCCGGCCCCGCAGCGCCCCGAGGACACCCUGCCCGAGGAGCAGCACAACGGGCCACACGUGCCAGACGCUGCCGUCCUGCCCGCCCGCAGACCCCUUCCCUUCUGCCUGCGCUGA